AUGGCACCAGGAAGCAAGGCAGAGAAAAAAGCAGCAUUGGAUGCUGGGGCAUGGAUGUUCAAUGUUGUAACUUCGGUUGGCAUAAUCAUGGUCAACAAGGCCUUAAUGGCUACACAUGGUUUUAGCUUUGCCACAACAUUGACUGGGAUGCAUUUUGCAACUACCACUUUGAUGACAUUGGUAAUGAAAUGGUUAGGAUACGUUCAGCCAUCUCAUUUACCUCUAUCGGAGCUAGUAAAGUUUGUAUUUUUUGCAAACCUAUCAAUUGUUGGAAUGAAUGUUAGCUUGAUGUGGAACUCUGUUGGCUUUUAUCAGAUUGCGAAGCUAUCUAUUAUUCCACUUCUAUGCAUUAUGGAGGUCCUGUUCGAAAAUUUCCGUUACUCGAGGGAUACAAAGCUUAGUAUAGUGGUUGUCCUUGUAGGUGUGGGAGUGUGUACAGUUUCUGAUGUUAGUGUAAAUGCGCAAGGAUUGGUAGCUGCCGUAAUAGCAGUUUGCGGCACUGCUUUACAACAGCAUUAUGUCAAUUACCUUCAACGGAAGUACUCGCUCAACUCACUCAAACUCUUGGGUCACACUGCACCAGCUCAAGCAGCUUCACUGUUGAUAUUAGGCCCAUUCGUGGACUUCUGGCUGACCAGGAAUAGAAUCGACACUUUUCACUACACCAGCACAGUGACGUUCUUCAUUGUGCUGUCAUGCGUUAUUUCAGUCGGGACCAAUCUCAGCCAAUUCAUAUGCAUUGGGAGAUUCACCGCCGUCACGUUUCAAGUGAUCGGACACAUGAAGACAAUUCUCGUGCUAACCCUGGGAUUUCUGUUGUUCGGGAAAGAAGGCCUGAAUUUCCACGUGGCGUUUGGUAUGAUCCUCGCCAUUGUUGGGAUGAUAUGGUACAGCAGCGCGUCUUCGAAACCCGGAGGCAAGGAGCGGCAGGGUGUGGCGAGUGAGAAGGCCCAGAAGUCGCCACAGUCGGAGCUGGACGAUAAACCAGUAGUCAUUGGAGUAACUCUAGCAGAUGUCAGCCAUAUGGGCAGCCUCCAUAUCGCAGAUGGAGAGGAAACACGCAAACAUGGAUUCGCCAAAAGGCCAUUGGUUCCAACUCCUUCAACCUCAGCCCAUUCAUAUCCACCUGUUUAG